AUGGGGGGCGAGCGGCAGCAUUACUACGGGAAGCACGGAACACCACAGAAGUAUGACCCUACCUUCAAAGGACCCAUUUACCACAGGGGCUGCACGGAUAUCAUUUGCUGUGUGUUCCUCCUCCUGGCCAUUGUGGGCUACGUGGCAGUGGGCAUCAUAGCCUGGACCCAUGGGGACCCUCGGAAGGUGAUCUACCCCACUGAUAGCCGAGGCGAGUUCUGCGGGCAGAAGGGCACAAAAAAUGCGAACAAACCCUACCUGUUUUAUUUCAACAUUGGGAAGUGUGCCAGCCCCCUGGUCCUGCUGGAAUUCCAGUGUCCCACCCCUCAGAUCUGCGUGGAGAAAUGCCCUGACCGUUACCUCACCUACCUGAACGCUCACAAAUCCCAGGACUUUCAGUACUACAAGCAGUUCUGUGUGCCUGGCUUCCAGAACACCAAGGGUGUAGCUGAAGUGCUUCGGGAUGGUGACUGCCCUGCUGUCCUCAUCCCCAGCAAACCCUUGGCCCAGCGAUGCUUCCCAGCCAUCCAUGCCCACAAGGGGGUCCUCAUGGUGGGCAACGAGACGACCUAUGAGGAUGGGCACGGCUCUCGAAAGAACAUCACAGAGCUGGUGGAGGGCGCCAAGAAGGCCAAUGGGGUCCUGGAGGCGCGGCAGCUGGCCAUGCGGAUAUUUGAAGAUUACACGGUCUCCUGGUACUGGAUAGUCAUAGGCCUGGUCAUCGCCAUGCUGAUGAGCCUCCUCUUCAUUGUCCUGCUCCGUUUCCUGGCCGGCAUUAUGGUCUGGGUGAUGAUCAUCAUGGUGGUUCUGGUGCUGGGCUACGGAAUAUUUCACUGCUACAUGGAGUACGUGCGACUGCGGGGCGAGGCUGGCUCCGACAUCUCCCUGGUGGACCUUGGCUUCCAGACAGACCUCCGAGUGUAUCUGCACUUGCGGCAGACGUGGAUGGCCUUCAUGAUCAUUCUGAGCAUCCUUGAGGCCAUUAUCAUCUUGCUGCUCAUCUUCCUGCGGAAGAGAAUUCUCAUCGCCAUUGCGCUCAUCAAAGAAGCCAGCAGGGCUGUGGGAUACGUGAUGUGCUCCCUGCUGUACCCACUGGUCACCUUCCUCCUGCUGUGCCUUUGCAUCGCCUACUGGGCUAGCACUGCCGUCUUCCUGUCCACUUCCAAUGAAGCUGUCUAUAAGAUCUUUGAUGACGGCACCUGCCAGUUUGCUGGGAAAACCUGCAACCCUGAGACUUUCGCCUCCUCCAAUGAAUCCCGCCUGUGCCCUGGUGCCCACUGCCAGUUCGCCUUCUACGGUGGUGAGUCGGGCUACCAUCGGGCCCUGCUGGGCCUGCAGAUCUUCAAUGCCUUCAUGUUCUUCUGGCUGGCCAACUUUGUACUGGCCCUGGGCCAGGUCACACUAGCUGGGGCCUUCGCCUCCUACUACUGGGCCCUGCACAAGCCAGAUGACCUCCCUGCUUUCCCACUCUUCUCUGCCUUCGGCCGGGCGCUCAGGUACCACACAGGCUCCCUGGCCUUUGGUGCCCUCAUUCUGGCCAUUGUGCAGAUUAUCCGAGUGAUGCUCGAGUACUUGGAUCAGCGCCUGAAAGCCGCCGAGAACAAGUUUGCCAAGUUCCUCAUGACCUGUCUCAAAUGCUGCUUCUGGUGCUUGGAGAAGUUCAUCCGAUUCCUCAACAGGAAUGCCUACAUCAUGAUCGCUAUCUAUGGCACCAACUUCUGCACCUCGGCCAGGAACGCCUUCUUCCUGCUCAUGAGAAACAUCAUCAGAGUGGCCGUCCUAGACAAAGUUACCGACUUCCUUUUCCUGUUGGGUAAACUUCUGAUCGUGGGUAGUGUGGGGAUCCUGGCCUUCUUUUUCUUCACCCACCGGAUCAGGAUUGUGCAGGACACGGCACCGCCCCUCAAUUACUACUGGGUCCCUAUACUGACGGUGAUCAUCGGCUCCUACCUGAUUGCCCAUGGCUUCUUCAGUGUCUACGGCAUGUGUGUGGACACGUUGUUCCUCUGCUUCUGUGAGGACCUGGAAAGGAAUGACGGCUCUCAGGAGCGACCCUACUUCAUGUCGCCCGAGCUGAGAGACAUCCUGUUGAAGGGGAGUGCGGAGGAGGGGAAGCGGGCAGAAGUUGAGGAGUAGAGAGGGAGGGAGGCGUGGGGGCCAGGCAGGCCUCCUCGUUUCCUCCCUGUAGACCGGGGGUGCAUGCGGGACAACCCUGCCUGGGAGUGUGGGGAGCGUGUGCGUGUCCCGUUCCUGAGCCCACCACAGCCUGCCCCUCUCCAGUCCCAGUGUGUCUUGCUUCCUAACCCUCUGAGCCUUCUCUGUGGCCCUUGUCCUCCCACCCUGUCCCCAGAGGCCCCUGCCCAUGGGCUCCCCUCAUGCCACCGUCUUGGGGGCCUCUCUCCACAGUGGAGGACCUGGAGAGGAAUGAUGGCUCAGCCGAGAGGCCUUACUUCAUGUCUCCCAACCUCAAGAGGCUCUUAAACAAGACCAACAAGAAGCUGGCGGAGUCCUAAAGGCCCUCUGCUCUCCCCCCACCUCUCCACAAGUCUCACACUGGGUGCUUGGCAGCUGGGUCAGAACCCCUGGCCACCUGGGCUCACCUGAAGUCCAAUCACUGCCGCCUUCCCCCACCCCCCCAACCAUCCAGUUACCGCUGGAUUCCAGGGACCUGGAAGAUUUGGGGCCUCUCCUCCCUAUGCCAAGGGGCAGUUGGAGUUUUCAGGGCGGCGCCCCAGGACUGC